UUGAAUAAGCUAAGGUAGUAAAAUUCUUAGGCAUUUUAAUUGACUUUAAUCUGAAUUGGAAGCCAUUAGAGUUGAAUAAUUCAAUUAGCUCAGCUUGUUUUGCUUUGAGAAAUUCACAAGAAUAAAUAAAAGUUGAACAGCUUAAGGCGGUUUAGGCACCACGCUCUGACAGAAUCCAAAUUACGCUAUAGCAUUAAAUUGUGGGGUAACAGUUAUCAAUUAUAAUUCUAAAAGUGUUUUCUUGAUGCAGAAGAGGGUUAUUCGAGAAUACCAAUAUCAAAUCGUACAGGGAGCAUUGUAGAAAAUUGAAAAUCUGUCUGUGCCUUGACUUUGUAUUUUGGUUCUGCUAUCAGGUCUAGUCAAAAAUUUCAGGGAAACCGAAAAUGAAUACGGCAGAGUUUUGAGACUUGCAGCAAGAAGGAAAGACUUUAAAAGCCUGCCUGCAUACCAGGCAAUCUUUAUAAUAAGAUGCCGAUAGAAUAUAAACAAAUCUCCGACUUAAAAGUGUUCAAGCGCAAGAUAUUAAAUUUUUUGAAAUAUUGACAAAAUUUGUAGUAUAUCAACCACAGCUGGGCCCCUACGUUGGUUUUUUCAUUUUUUUUAAAUCAUUAUAAGAGUUAGGAGCAUUUAAAAAUAUUCAUAAAAUCUGUUUUUCGCUCUUUAUGUUUUACAAUGAUCAAAAAAUCUGAUUGCUAUCCAUAUUUUUUGGCAUCACCAUUGUUGUCUAAAAAGGCGCCAUGAUUUUUCAAAAACUCUGCUGGCUGAACACACUGCACCUUAAAUGGCGUCGUUGUUAAUAUGAUAAGUACUCGUAACAUAAAAAACAAGAGAAAACAGAGAACUAAACAGGUAUCAAAGAGCUCCUUAAGUGAAGAAUGUCAUAUAAAUCGUCACAGUAUGCUUCGACAAGCGGUUAAAAGAAGUUAUAAUCGAAGCCUUAAGACAAUACACAUCUACUAUCUACAUUAUCUCAUCAUGUUUAUCUUCUGACUAUAAAUGGUAACGUAAACGAUUAUGGUGCAAUCCAUCGUCAUCUGAAACAGGCUUUCUGCCUAGAACCAAGACGCGAGUUUUCAUCGGAUUUUGGGAUGUUCUCACCAGCGGUGAAGCAGUCAUGGGCGGUGUCUGGCGUACUCCUGAUCAUGUUGGGGCAAGGCAUGGUCCUCACUUUCCCGGCUGUUCUGCUGCCGGGCCUAAAAGCUGAAGAUUCCACCAUCAAGACUGACUUGGAAACUAUGUCUUGGCUUUCUUCUGUGGUUGGCCUGGCGUGCUUCCCCGGUUACCUGAUCUCCGCUUUCUUCAUGGAGCUGUGGGGCCGGAAGAUCGCGCAAGCUCUGGUCAUCCUACCGGGCACCUUGGGGUGGCUCCUCAUCUACUUCGCCUCGGAUGUGACCACCCUUAUGGCUGGCAGGAUCCUUGGAGGCAUCACCGCCGGAGCCAGCGUCACUUUAGGAGCCGUCAUCAUAGGAGAGUACACUAGCCCACAGCUCCGGGGAAUGUUCCUAAACCUCAAGACUUCUUCCGUCUGUGUCGGCAAUACUCUUGUUCACAUUGUAGGCCAUUUCUAUACUUGGAGAACUGUUGCAAUUUUCGGACUAGUGCCCCAUAUCAUUGCUUUUGGGAUUAUCUGCACCUGGCCGGAAAGUCCAACGUGGCUGGCUGCUAAAUUCAAGUUUAAUCAAAGUGAGAAAGCGUGGUUGUGGUUGCGAGGCGACGACCAAAACUCUAGAAAUGAGUACGGUAGAAUGACCAUAGCUCAAAAGCAGAGGCUUCCUGAAAUACGAGAGAAAUCCAGCGUCCAAAGACAGGUGGUAAUCUUUUUCCACAAGUUCACUCGAAAGGACUUUCUGAAACCUCUGCUCAUAAUACUCUUUGCUGGUAUUUUACUAGAGACGUGUGGAAGGCAUAUUUUCCCGGCCUACGCCUUGCAGAUCAUCGAAGAAAUCUCUGGAGAUAAGUCUAGAACCUUCUACUACAUGAUAAUCGUAGAUUUGAUAACAACUUUCAGUUCUAUGUUCUCGUCGGCGCUGGUUCGCAUGCUAAAGAGACGCACCCUGCUGUUCGUCACUGGCGGAGCAUCUUUAGCCGUGUUAAUGGCCAUCUGUACCUACCUUUACCUGACUGUUAUAGACGUGAUAUCUAAGGACCGAGCUUGGCUACCUGUGUCUAUGUUAAUGUUAUACUUUUUAUUAGCAAAUUUAGGGUGUACUCCCAUACCUCUAGCGUUACUUGGAGAGGUGUUCCCGGUAGCACAUAGAGGUGCAGGAUCGGCAAUGUCCGGAUUAACGCUGUCUAUUUGUCUAAUGGUCGCUUUGAAGAUCACCCCCGCGAUGCUUGAUAGUGUAAAAGUGUACGGAACGUUUGCUAUCUUCGGCGUAGCCAUGGGACUCUCUCUAGUAGUAUUUUACUUCAUCCUUCCAGAAACUAAGGACAGAACUCUGCAGGAGAUUGAAGACUAUUUUAACCACGGACGGUUCCUCAGUAACAAGAAAGUUUGCGGAGACGAUGAAGAAAAUACUACAAUGCUUAAGAUCUGAUUGAUUUCGAUUUACGAGUAAAAGGCGAGUCUUAGGUACGUAAGUAAUUUAAAUGCACCAACGUUCCUGAUAAUAAAGUUAUUGUUUUCUACAAUUUAUUUUAUCUUUGUCAUUAUCCAAAAAUCACCAAUGUUUCUUUCAAUAUUGGUGUAUGGUGGGUCUAAAGGAGGAUAAAGUAUAAUUUUCCAAUUUUAACCCGUUUAACUUUAGCGCUAGCGGUAAGCGCAAUCCGCUUUAUUGCCACACCGAGACCGAUCAAAAUCUACCAAUCACCUGAGUGCUUGAAUUUAUUGUUGCAAAAUUAUUUACUACAAUUACUUAUCAGCCGUAAACGACUCCUGAUUUUAGGAAACAAAAAUAGAUCUUAUACAAGGCUGCAAUCUUUGCCGGCACGCCACUGAUAUUGACAGCUUAAAGAGGAGACUCUGAAAUUCAUUGAAAUAUAUAGUUGGCAAUUUGUCAAUAAUAAUAAAAACAACGUAUAUAGUAAUGGAACAGGCACCAGUAAUGGGAUGGUAUAGACAAAUCCUGUAAAACAAGUACAUAUUUACCAUCAGCUUUUAAUCGCUGGCAACAUUUUACCAUAAACAAGAGCCAAAGAGCUGCUUAAAUACAAUUUUUCAUGGAUAUUUGUUAGUUUGAAAAUUAAUGGCCCCAUACAUCCCAUGACGGGAGUAAAAAAACAUCGUUUUGAUUGGUUAAUUAAUAAUAUUGAAACCAAUUGCAGUAGCUUUGGACAUUCAACUUUUAUAGUAUAAAACGGUAGACAUUUUACAGAUAUCGGUGAAAUAUUAAAAAUACUCCAAAUUUUCUCUUAAAUGUCCCAUGAUUGGUGCCGGUAACUACCUACCUAAAAAACUAUGUCAUGCCAUAUCGUACUGUCCUGGCUGGUUUCGACCAUGGCGACUGUUGUAGUACUGGUUAAUGAGAGCGACAUCGUGAGCUCUCAGGUAGCUGGCAUAACCGAUUUUACGAGUAGCAGCAAAUGUCAGCACCCCUCCGACAAAUUGUAAUUGAUGACCGCUGGUGGUCGGGCCUUUUUUGGGACGUUUCGCAUCGAGUUCCACUCGCCUGUUACACCAAGUGGCAUUAUCGUAAGUGUAUGAUAGUUUUUAUAUGAUUAUAUUAAACAUUAUGGACCCCAUAUAGAUAUCAUUUUGAUGUCACAAUGUAAGCUUUAAUUGUGACAUUGGUAAAGUGGAGUUUAAUAGAAAAGACAAGUAAUGUAAACAAAUGGCAGUUUUUGUAAGCAUUUGCCGCAUAACCUCAAAGUUUUACGAUGAUUGUAUUCAUUGAAAUAUUAAUAAUUAACAAAAUUAUUUAUAUUAAUCCGCAAGGCAGCUUGUGGCGAGCUGUUGGGCAGUAACGACCCCAUGGCAGUACUCCGGAGAGUCGGUCAGGGCCUCCGUCUCCAGCGUGUCUUCGUCGGUCGGAGUGGACCCUAACCCCAGGACUCUCAGCUCUAGCUUGCCUUCAUUGGCCGUUCAGAGGAGUCGUUACAGCUAUAUGCUCCAGGGGUGGAAGAGAAUGAUGCAUAAGACGCGAGUUGGCACGGCGUACACCUCUUGACACCCCUGAGCCGCUCACACCGGUGUUGCUCCUGGUCGUCUUCACGACUGCAGUUCAGGGGCCUAUCUAGUGGACGGCAAAAGUCACCGCCUGCCUCGAUAACUAGUGAAAACAUUGCUUUCGCAGGUGCCCGGACGUCUUUGCAAUAACCCAGUCUCAUUGUCCUCCCAAACUUCAAUCCAUAGACCGUUAUACUGUUCACUUUUUCUACAAUAGUCCCAAUGCCUGCUGCGACCGGUUCAUGGGUGUCUAUUGUUGCGCCUGUGACCGGAUUCCAGCAGGCGUUGUAGCUCUCCAAGGGGCGUCUACGGGUUGGAUCUAUAUCCCCACGCAAGCCUAUCAAAAGACCGGGAUUUAUAGGCCCGUGAAAUCCAAAGAGAAACACAAUUAAUUAAAUAAUUCAUAACUAACAUGUAUUUUAGAGAUUUUAUCUAGAAAUUGACACAAAUAAAGGUUUACAUAUAUAAACUGUUGAUAAUGUCAUGAUUGUCCACAAAAAGUGCAAAAGAUAUUUUUUGUCUUUUCUAUUGAACUCUAGUAAUAAGAACGAACGUUUUUUAGGUAAUAUAGUAACGAACAAAACACUAAAACUUGCAAUCCGAACAGUUUCCGUGUUUACUGUUUUCGCUAUUUAUAUUAUGAUACCGUUCGUAAAUAAUACAAUCUACAAAUUAAUACGCGACAGUCUAAUCCAAAGACAAAUAAUUCUUAUUUGCUACAAAGUAAUAUAUCAGUAGUAUAGUAUACCAGUAGUAUAGUAUACCAUCCUAUUGUACAGUACAGAGUAUAGGUAUAGUAUUCUGUAUUGUACUAGCUGUACACACGAAACAACGUAAACCGUUAACGCCUUCGUGAUAGUCUGAAACUAAAAUAACGCCCAUACAACUUUGAAAAUUUGGGAAAUUGUGGGAUUUAUGUUUUUAAGUAAUGGCAUAGCAAAUUAAAAAAAAAAUCUUGUAUAAUUUUUCAAUUUUUAUAAAAAAGUAAAAUAUUGUUGCAUAAUAUAGUUGUUGUAACACGGACAUUACAUUUAAUUCAACUAAACAAUUUAAAACUGUGACAUAUCAAUGUCAUUUCAUCAAUCAAUCGGCCGAUAUAGUACUUACGUUUAGUAGCAAUACUAGCAAAUGUAUAAACUCGUACUAAACACUAAUUAAUAUGUAAAUAGGACCUAAGGCAAGUGUAUACACUCGUAAGGACCCUAUAAGAUAAAAAUAAAUUAUUGAUUAUCACCGAAA